UAGCGCUCACUGCAAACAAAUGAAAAUGAAUACUUUAAAAAUAAAAACUAAACUAAUAGAAGAGUUCAGCAGAGUAUUGGGAUACAAGAUAAACAUACAAAAAUCAGCUGGAUUCCUCUACACCAACAAAAAGAACAUCGAAGAGGGAAUCACCAAAUCAAUGCCAUUUACAGUAGCCCCCAAGAAGAUAAAAUACUUAGGAAUAAAUCUUACCAGAGAUGUAAAAGACUUAUACAAAGAAAACUACAGUACACUUCUGCAAGAAACCAAAAGACACUUACAUAAGUGGAAGAACAUACCUUGCUCAUGGAUAGGAAGACUUAACAUUAUAAAAAUGUCUAUUCUACCAAAAGCGAUCUACACAUUUAAUGCAAUUCCGAUCCAAAUCCCAACGACAUUCUUUAAUGAGAUGGAGAAACAAAUCACCAAUUUCAUAUGGAGGGGAAAGAGGCCCCGGAUAAAUAAGGCAUUACUGAAAAAGAAGAACAAAGUGCGAGGCCUUACUUUCCCUGAUUUUAGAACCUAUUAUACCGCCACAGUAGUCAAAACAGCCUGGUACUGGUACAACAGAUAUGUAGACCAAUGGAACAGAAUUGAGAAUCCAGACAUAAAUCCAUCCACAUAUGAGCAGUUUAUAUUUGACAAAGGCCCCAAAACAGUUAAAUGGGGAAAAGACAGUCUUUUUAACAAGUGGUGCUGGCAUAACUGGACAUCCAUCUGCAAAAAAAAUGAAACAAGACCCCUACCUCACUCCAUGCACAAAAACUAACUCAAAACGGAUCAAAGACCUAAAUAUAAAAUCUAAAAUGAUAAAGAUCAUGGAAGAAAAAAUAGGGACAACAUUAGGAGCCCUAACACAUGGCAUAAACAGUCUAUAAAACAUUAUAGAGAAUGUAGAAGAAAACCUAGAUAACUGGGAGCUCCUAAAAAUCAAACACCUGUGCUCAUCCAAAGACUUCACCAAAAGAGUAAAAAGACUACCUACAGACUGGGAAAAAGUUUUUCGCUAUGACAUUUCUGAUCAGUGCCUGAUCUCUAAAAUCUACAUGAUACUGCAAAAACUCAACUGCAAAAAGACAAAUAACCCAAUUAAAAACUGGGCAAAAGAUAUGAAUAGACACUUCACUAAAGAAGACAUUCGGGUAGCUAACAGAUAUAUGAGGAAAUGUUCAUGAUCAUUAGCCAUUAGAGAAAUGCAGAUCAAAACUACAAUGAGAUUCCAUCUCACUCCAGCAAGGCUGGCAUUCAUCCAAAAAAACACAAAAGAAUAAAUGUUGGAGAGGCUGUGGAGAGGUUGGAACACUUCUACACUGCUGGUGGGAAUGUCAAAUGGUACAACCACUUUGGAAAUCGAUUUGGUGCUUCCUUAAAAAGCUAGAAAUAGAACUACCAUACGAUCCAGCAACCCCACUCCUUGGAAUAUAUCCUAGAGAAAUAAGAGCCUUUACACGAACAGAUACAUGCACACCCGUGUUUAUUGCAGCACUGUUUACAGUAGCAAAAAGAUGGAAGCAACCAAGGUGCCCAUCAACAGACAAAUGAAUAAAUAAAUUAUGGUAUAUUCACACGAUGGAAUACUACGUAUCGGUAAAGAAAGGCGAGGAAUCUGUGAAACAUUUCACAACAUGGAGGAACCUGGAAGGCAUUAUGCUGAGUGAAAUUAGUUGCAAAAGGACAAAUAUUGUAUAAGACCACUGUUGUAAGAACUUGAGAAAUAGUUUAAACUGAGAAGAAAACAUUCUUUUGUGGUUACAAGAGGUGUAUUCACUAAUUAGAUAGUACAUAAGAACUACAUUAGGUGAAGGGAAAGACAGCACACAAUAUAGGGGAGGUUAACACAAUUGGGCUAAACCAAAAGCAAAGAAGUUUCCUGAAUAAACUGAGUGCUUUGAAGGCCAGCGUAGCAGGGGAGGUGGUCUGGGGGCCAUGGUUUCAGGGGACAUCUAAGUCAAUAGGCAUAAUAAAAUCUAUUAAGAAAACAUUCUGCAUCCCACUUUGAAGAGUGGCGUUUGGGGUCUUAAACGCUAGCAAGCAGCCAUUUAAGAUGCAUCAAUUGGUCUCAACCCACUUGGAUCAAAGGAGAAUGAAGAACACCAAGGACACAAGGUGAUUACAAGCCCAAGAGACAGAAAGAGCCACAUGAACCAGCGACUACAUCAUCCUGAGACCAGAAGAACUAGAUGGUACUUGGCUAUAACCGAUGACUGCCCUGACAGGGAACACAACAGAGAACCCCUGAGGGAACAGGAGAGCAGUGGGAUGCAGACCCCAAAUUCUCAUAAAAAGACCAGACUUAAUGGUCUGACUGAGACUAGAAGGACCCCGGUGGUCAUGGCCCCCAGAGCUCCUGUUGCCCCAGGACAGGAACCAUUCCCGAAGCCAACUCUUCAGACAUGGAUUGGACUGGACAAUGGGUUGGAGAGGGAUGGUGGUGAGGAGUGAGCUUCUUGGAUCAGGUGGACAGUUGAGACUAUGUUGGCAUCUUCUGCCUGGAGGGGAGAUGAAAGGGUAGAGGGGGUUAGAAGCUGGCGAAAUGGACACAAAAAGAGAGAGUGGACGGAGAAAGCAGGCUGUCUCAUGAAGGGAUCAGAAUCAAGCUUUGCGGCUCUGUCUGGGGAGCACUAGUGUCGGAGGGCAGUAUGGAGCCAUCUCUGCCCUCAGCAUCAACAACGACUGCUCCAGACUUCUUUGUGGUUUUGCCAAAGGACAGAUCACCAUGUGGGAUUUAGCCAGUGGAAAACUUCUGAGAUCAAUAACAGAUGCACACCCUCCGGGAACAGCAAUCCUACAUAUCAAGUUUACAGAUGACCCAACGCUUGCCAUCUGCAACGACAGCGGAGGCUCUGUGUUUGAAUUGACAUUUAAGAGAGUGAUGGGAGUGAGAACAUGUGAAUCCCGAUGUCUGUUUAGUGGUUCCAAGGGUGAAGUUUGCUGCAUUGAGCCUCUACAUUCUAAGCCCGAGUUGAAGGAUCAUCCCAUCACCCAGUUUUCGUUACUGGCCAUGGCGUCCCUAACAAAGAUUCUGGUCAUUGGAUUGAAACCAUCCUUGAAAGUAUGGAUGACUUUUCCCUAUGGACGGAUGGAUCCUUCCAGUGUUCCGUUGCUGGCCUGGCACUUUGUGGCCGUGCAUAACUACGUGAACCCCAUGCUGGCCUUCUGCAGAGGAGAUGUGGUUCACUUUCUGUUGGUUAAGCGAGAUGAAUCUGGAGCAAUACACGUUACUAAGCAAAAACAUCUUCACUUAUGCUAUGACCUUAUCAACUUUACUUGGAUAAACUCGCGCACAGUUGUGCUGUUGGACAGUGUAGAGAAGUUGCACGUGAUUGAUCGCCAAACUCAAGAGGAAUUAGAAACAGUGGAGAUCUCAGAAGUCCAGUUGGUCUACAACAGCAGCCACUUCAAGUCCUUAGCCACUGGAGGAAAUGUCAGCCAGGCGCUGGCUUUGGUUGGAGAGAAGGCUUGUUAUCAAUCCAUCAGUAGCUAUGGUGGUCAGAUCUUUUAUUUGGGGACAAAAUCUGUUUAUGUGAUGGUGCUGAGGAGCUGGAGAGAGAGAGUGGAUCAUCUCCUGAAACAAGACUGCCUCCCAGAAGCCUUGGCGCUCGCGUGGUCUUUCCAUGAAGGAAAAGCAAAAGCAGUAGUGGGAUUAUCCGGGGAUGCCAGUAAGCGAAAGGCUGUUGUUGCCGAUCGGAUGGUAGAAAUCCUAUUCCAUUAUGCAGACCGAGCUCUGAAGAAAUGCCCAGAGCAGGGCAAGAUCCAAGUGAUGGAGCAGCAUUUUCAGGACACGGUGCCCGUCAUAGUCGAUUACUGCCUUCUGCUGCAGCGAAAGGAUCUUUUAUUUAGCCAGAUGUAUGACAAACUAAGUGAGAAUUCAGUGGCCAAAGGAGUGUUUUUGGAGUGCCUCGAGCCGUAUAUUUUAAGUGAUAAAUUGGUGGGGCUCACACCCCAGGUAAUGAAAGACUUGAUCGUUCAUUUCCAAGAUAAAAAGUUAAUGGAGAACCUGGAAGCCCUCAUCGUACAUAUGGAUAUCACCAGUCUUGAUAUUCAGCAGAUGGUUCUCAUGUGCUGGGAAAAUCGCCUGUAUGAUGCCAUGAUUUAUGUCUACAACAGAGGGAUGAACGAGUUUAUUCGUCCCAUGGAGAAACUUUUCAGAGUCAUCGCCCCUCCGCUGAAUGCAGGAAAGACCCUCACAGAUGAGCAAGUUGUUAUGGGCAACAAGCUUCUUGUAUAUAUUAGCUGUUGCCUAGCCGGUCGUGCUUAUCCCCUUGGUGACAUCCCUGAAGAUCUUGUUCCCUUGGUUAAAAACCAGGUUUUUGAAUUUCUAAUCCGUCUGCAUUCAGCAGAAGCUUCCCCUGAUGAAGAAAUCUAUCCCUAUGUUCGGACUUUGCUGCAUUUUGACACAAGAGAAUUUCUAAACGUUUUGGCACUGACCUUUGAAGAUUUUAAAAAUGACAAGCAAGCUGUAGAAUAUCAGCAGCGAAUUGUGGAUAUUUUGUUGAAGGUUAUGGUGGAGAACUCAGAUUUUACUCCCUCACAAGUAGGGUGUCUGUUUACGUUCCUUGCCCGCCAGCUUGCAAAACCUGACAAUACACUGUUUGUGAACAGAACCCUCUUUGACCAGGUCCUUGAAUUCCUCUGUAGCCCUGAUGAUGACUCCCGACACUCCGAAAGACAGCAGGUCCUCUUAGAACUGCUGCAGGCUGGAGGCAUAGUACAGUUUGAAGAGAGUCGGCUCGUGCACAUGGCAGAGAAAGCUGAGUUCUACCAAAUUUGUGAAUUUAUGUAUGAACGCGAACACCGGUAUGACAAAAUUAUUGAUUGCUACUUACGUGACCCACUGAGAGAGGAAGAAGUCUUUAAUUACAUUCACAAUAUCUUAUCCCUCCCUGGACAUACUGCAGAGGAGAAGCAGGCUGUAUGGCAGAAAGCAAUGGAUCAUAUUGAGGAACUUGUGUCCCUGAAACCCUGUAAAGCUGCAGAGCUGGUUGCUAUCCACUUUGCUGAACAGAUUGGAACAGUCAUUAAAAAAAUUCAGAACCAGAUUUUGCUUUUCAAAUUUUUGAGGCGCCUUCUCGACCCACGGGAAGGUAUUCAUAUAAAUCAGGAAUCACUGCAGAUAACUCCCAGCAUUACAGAGCAGUUCAUUGAGCUGUUGUGUCAGUUCAACCCAACCCAGGUUAUAGAGACUCUGCAAGUCCUUGAAUGCUACCGCCUAGAAGAAACCAUUCAGAUUACCCAAAAGUAUCAACUUCAUGAAGUCACUGCAUAUCUAUUGGAGAAAAAAGGAGAUAUUCAUGGUGCCUUCUUAAUAAUGCUAGAGAGACUACAAAGCAAAGUUCAGGAGAUAACACGUGAAGAUGAAAAUACAAAAAAAGAUCCCUCGUUGAAGGAUGUUGAAGACACCGUGGCAGAGACAAUAGCCCUUUGCCAGAGAAAUUCCCAUAAUCUGAGCCAGCAGCAGCGAGAGGCACUCUGGUUUCCAUUAUUGGAGGCAAUGAUGGCCCCUCAGAAGCUGUCCAGCUCAGCUGUACCUCACCCAUACUCUGAAGCUCUGAAAUCUUUGACCAUGCAAGUUCUAAACAGCAUGGCCACGUUUAUUUCCCUGCCAUCAAUCUUGCAAAGAAUCUUACAGGAUCCAGUUUAUGGAAAAGGAAAACUUGGAGAAAUCCAGGGACUUAUACUGGGAAUGUUGGAUACCUUUAACUAUGAACAGACCCUGCUGGAAACAACCACUAGCCUUCUGAACCAAGAUCUUCAUUGGUCAUUGUGUAACCUGAGAGCUUCGGUCACCAGAGGGCUGAAUCCCAAACAGGAUUACUGCUCGGUGUGUCUGCAGCAGUACAAGAGACGCCAGGAAAUGGCGGAUGAAAUUAUCGUCUUUAGCUGUGGCCAUCUGUAUCAUGCAUUCUGUCUGCAAAACAAAGAGUGCACCAUAGAAAUCGAGGGCCGAACAAGAUGGACGUGCUACAAAUGCAGCUCAAGCAACAAAGUGGGAAAACUAAGUGAAAAUUCAUCAGAAAUUAAGAAGGGAAGGAUAACCCCAUCGCAGGUAAAAACGUCUCCAUCCUAUCAUCCAUCCAAAGGGGACCAUGUGGCCAAGGCAACCUCAGAACCGCUUCUGGAUCCCCAGCAAAUCCAAGCCUUUGAUCAGCUUUGCCGCCUCUACCGAGGAAGUUCCCGGCUGGCCCUCCUGACAGAGCUCUCCCAGAACCGCAGCAGCGAGACCUACAGGCCCUUCAGUGGCUCCCAGAGUGGCCCUGCUUUCAACAGCGUCUUUCAGAAUGAGAACUUCCAGCUGCACCUCAUUCCCCCUCCCGUGACCGAGGACUGAGCCACCCUUGGGCCUGGCCCUGCGGACCCACGAUGACCCCGAGGCAGCCAGGGGCUCCUCUGUGACCCCAGCACCUCCCACCUAAGCAGAGUUCUGAGCUGGGCUCCUGUGCCUGGCGCUCUCCGCCCCACUGUUCGCUGUGCAGACGCUGCCUCUUCCAUCAGUUCACCAGGCUGGCUGACUUUGUUCUGCUCGCUAAGCAAAACGAGUGUCACAACCUCCAGGCAGCCUUCCAGGAGAUGCAUUUUUACCUAUUGGCACUUAUUUUUCUGUUGCCCCUGAAGCCUGGUGAGUUGGUGGUGCCUGUGCAGGUGACACUCUGGGGCCUGUCACACUCCGUCUUCCCAGCUGUCAGAAGCCCAGAGGGCUUCAGUGUCGGCUUCUGUGGAGGACAGGAGCAGUGGCCGGCCAGGCUGCAGUGGAACUCCACAACGGCAUUGGAGGGAGCAGAGAACCGCGCAGGCGGGGACAUGCUCUCUUCUGAUUUGUUUGUGACACCCCUGUGAGUGUAAGCCUUGGCCUUCCAAACAAUAAAUGCCUCUGUGUUCUAA